AUGACGGUUCGUACGGAAGGUCCACGUGGCGGUGUGUUGGCACCUGCACGGACGGGUGCUGCGUGGAGCGGAGCGCCGGCGGAGGAUGUUGUCCGGCAACGGAGGACGGGAGGUGGCGGCGGCGCACGAAACAGCGCAGGCGGUGGAGAGGAACCAGUGGGUGUUGUUGCCAGAAGCGGAGACCGAGGGAGGAGCCGGAGCGGGGCGGAGCCGGGAGCGUGGUGCAGGCGUCGCAGACGAGGCGCCGGCAGAAUCGGACGGCCGGAGGACGAGUGGCAGUACAAACAGGUACUGACAGGACGGUGCGGGCUCUGCAAACAGAACAACGUUUUUGGUGUGCAGAACAACAUUUCUGGUGUGCAAAGCAGGGUUUCUGGGUACCGGACUGACAAGCUUGUCAGACCUGUCAGUCCGGCCCCUCCGGCCCCCGCUGGCAGCUCCUCUGACCCCCACCGGUCCCCGCUGGCCCAGCCUCCUGCCGGCUCCUGGCCCCCACUGGCCCGACCCCCUGUUUUCCCGACGGCCCUGCUCCGCCUUGCCGCCACCGACGGCUGCCCCAGCGGCCCGUGCUCUGUGCCCGCCGCUGCACCCUACGAGUUCUGCUACCUAGCCCAGCCUCCCCUCCGCCGACUUCCACCGUCACCUCCGCCUGUAGCCCCAGCUCGCCGCUUAGCCAGCUCUACCGCCAUGCGGCCUCUGCCCUGGCCCCCGCCGCUCAGCCGCCUGGCCCUGUCGCUCCCCGACCCGCCGCCCACGCCCGACCCUUUUUCUUUGGCCGGCCACCGCUCCACCACUGGGCUGCCGCUCCGCCACUGGGCCGCCACCAGAGCGCCGCUCCCUAGCCACCGGACCACCAAAGCAACAGACUUACUUCAGCGCAUGCGCAGGCGAAUUAGCGCCUGCACAGGCAUUCUGGCCCGUCCGCCUGUGGAACAAUGCCUGCACUGUAUCCCUUAG